CGCCGAGAGGCGGGACAUGGAAGCGAAACGGUCGCCUGGUUGCAUCCUUCCGUGAUGCUGCUGUUUCUGCUCUAGCGUAUUUUUCAUGACCGAUUUUAAUUUCGGAGUUUUCGGAGAGCCCCAAAAAAGGGACUUGACCGACGUAUUAUCUGCAGAAGACACGGAAACAGGGUGGAAAUCGGGGCGAAGGACGGCGCAGAGGGGCCGUCGGGGCCCGGGCUCGCUCCGGCCUGAUGCGGAUGGAUGGUGCGCGGCGGCCCUGUAACCUGAGUUAAAGAUAUCGUUUGCGUCUAAAAGCGGAUUUGAUUCAUCCUUGUGGUUUCGUUUCAAAUCAACCGUCUCCAAAUCCAGAUUGGUGGAGAGAAAGAAAAUCGAGCUGGUGUCCAGCGCUUGGACUCCCAGUCAUGGGCAACACGCCGGCCGCAAGGAGGGGAAACGAGAUGGAAAGCGUUAAAGAGUUCUUGGCCCUCGCCAGGGAAGACUUCCUCAGGAAAUGGGAGAAUCCCGCUCAGAAUACCGCCUCUCUGGAUCAGUUUGAUUUGCUGAAGACUCUAGGAACAGGCUCGUUUGGCCGUGUGAUGCUCGUGAGGCACCGGGAGAAUGGCCAGCACUACGCCAUGAAGAUCCUCAACAAGCAGAAGGUGGUAAAGUUGAAGCAGAUUGAACACACGCUUAAUGAGAAACGCAUCCUGCAGGCUGUCAGUUUUCCUUUCCUAGUACAGCUUGAGUACUCCUUUAAGGAUAACACUAACCUGUACAUGGUGAUGGAGUAUGUCCAGGGAGGAGAGAUGUUUUCACACUUGCGCAGGAUCGGCAGGUUUAGUGAACCCCAUGCUCGGUUUUAUGCAUCUCAGAUAGUUCUGACAUUUGAGUAUCUUCAUGCUCUGGAUCUCAUCUACAGAGAUCUGAAACCAGAAAACCUCCUCAUCGACCAGCAGGGCUACAUACAGGUGACAGACUUUGGCUUUGCAAAACGUGUUAAAGGUCGCACAUGGACGCUGUGCGGCACGCCUGAGUACCUGGCCCCAGAGAUCAUCCUGAGUAAAGGUUAUAAUAAAGCGGUGGACUGGUGGGCUUUGGGUGUGCUGGUGUACGAGAUGGCAGCCGGGUAUCCUCCGUUUUUUGCAGAUCAGCCGAUCCACAUCUACGAGAAGAUCGUCUCAGGAAAGGUGCGUUUUCCCUCACACUUCAGCUCAGAUUUAAAGGAGCUUCUGCGCAACCUGCUGCAGGUCGACCUCACCAAGCGCUACGGCAACCUGAAAAACGGCGUCAACGACAUCAAAGGCCACAAGUGGUUCUCCACCACUGACUGGAUCGCCAUCUACCAGAGAAGGGUGGAGGCUCCAUUUAUCCCUAAAUGCAGGGGUCCGGGGGACACCAGCAACUUUGAUGACUAUGAGGAAGAGGAGAUUCGAGUGUCCCUCACCGAGAAGUGCGCUAAAGAGUUUGCCGACUUCUAGCGCAGCCGAGCGAGAUGAGCGAACGAGAAUUAGCAUGAUGGAUGUUUUUUCUGUGUGUAGAACCAGUGUGAGCAGCUUAAAGAAGUACAGUGAUGAGCCAGAAGGACAGACACCGUUGCCUUUGCCAUCCCGUUUCCCCGUCCACGUUUAUCACGUUUAUUGUUGCUCUUUUAUUUCUGUCUACAUGCGGUUUGUCACAGCGACAGGGACGCAUUCGAUGAGUCCUUCCCUCAGGAGCGCUCGACUCCGCCCGGCAUCUUCACCACAGACUGUUGCAUAAUAUGUGACAUAUUUUAAAGCUUUGUGUUUCUUUUAGGCCUGUCUGUUGCUGUACUGUUUUAAUGCAUUGAAAGGAUGACGGUGAGAAAAAGCCAUGAUUCUAUAAUGUUUAUAGUUGAGUAUAGAGCUUAUUAUGAUAUUAUUAUUAUUAUUAUUAUUAUUAUUAUUUGUCCCUGGAUCUGCCUGCAUCUCGGCGUGCUGCAUCGAACAGUCUCUAAAGUGUCAUGUAUGGAAAAUGUGCCAUGAGAUCAGAGCUCGUCAACAGAGCUUGAAGGUAGUUUAGUUGAUUAAUGUUUUUGACAAGUCCACUGAAGUCCAGGAGCAUGUGCACUCUGCGCCCUUUAAAACGUGAGGAGGAUACAGAGAGCAGAACCUGACAUUACACUUUCGUUUACACCUUUUUUUCCUGAAGGGAUUCGUGUUUUUGUUUGAUGAACAGCUGUUUCAGUGCUGCUGGAUUUGAUGAGGAACGUUAAACGUUAAAGUUUCGAUUCUUCCGCUCUACAAGCUGACUCUACAAACACAUCGCCGCGUGUAAAUUCGAUACGCCGUUUUGAUCAGAAAACGAACGAAAUCGUUUUAUUUGUAUGAGUUGUGAUGUCACAGUCGCACCAACAUAGGCUAUCUCUGCUAUAUUUGCGUCACUAAGAGACACGUGCUGUUUUAGGCUGCUUUCACACUUUCACUUUUUUAUAUUUUAUUUCAUUUUAAAAAAUAAACACAUCACAGUUGUUGUUUUUUUUUUGUUUUUUUUUUUUAACUGAUGACGGGUCAGCAUCGUUUACAGUUGGAACUCCGAUGAUAUGUGAAUAAAUUAACAUACAGGAAAGUAAAUGGCCGGCUAUAAAAAGCAAUUUUGCUGCUGAUAUGAAAAAAGGGACUCACAAAAUAUGCACACUGUAAUCAUAACGAUGUUCCUACCAGUCCUAACUAGUAGUGGCUAACUAGCCUAGCUUGCACUCUAGAUUAGAUUUUUCAUUGUCACUCAUUUGGAUGGAAUACAGAUUGGUGUGAAUCUGGAGAUGAGGAGGUUGUUUGCAUUUGCUAUAGCUUUGAAGGCAGAAAAUCAAGAGAAUCUCUUCAUAUUGCUUCACCAACAAGCAACCCGACUGGUCUUGUAUUGGCCGCUUGAUGUCACUCAGUGUUUUUCUGAAAUACUUUGGAAGUUCUGUUGUGACCAAAAAGAAAAAACGCCAAAGGCAGCUCUAUUUUUAAAGUGUUUGAAUUCUGCCUGCCUUGUUGAUGGAUUACAUGUAAAACAUGCACUGACGGUUUGAGAAAAAAUAGUGUGAAAGCAGCCUGAUUUAUUUACUUAUUAAGCAAUAUUUUAAAUGAAGUGUGUAACGCUGCAGGCUAUCAACGUUCAAAUAACAGUGAGUGGCAAUCAGAUCAGUGUCACCAAUCACAGCUCAGGUGAGCUCAUGUAUACAGAAUUAGCACUCUCCUCGGCUUGGAGGAUGAACCUGUUAGUCCUCGCCGUCCCGGAUUGGCAAUUGGAAUCUCAGUGGACAUUUGCUAUGAAAAAUUCAAUUGUGCUAUGUUUGUGCCUUUAAAAAAGAAACCUUUUGUGCUAUUUUAUGUCUUAAAUUUAAGCGGUAGUACGUUGUUUUGAAGCUGCGCUGUCACUCUUCAAUAUUUUGGUGCAAUUGGCAUGUUGUGUUGAUGGUUUGCUGAAUGAUGUGACUCAUUUUAAAAGUUAACAAACUGAGUAAUAAGAGCACAAAUGUCUGGAUGAUAGCACAAUACUAGUGCUAAUGGACUAGGCCGUUUUGGUGCGAAUGGGACUUUGAUGUUGUGCCGAGUGACGUUAAGAGUCGUCAUUUGUUACGGCUAAGUCUUUUGAACACCAUUCACUGGAACGGUAGACAGUGUUUGCUUUAUAAAGGUGUUUUUACAUUGAAACUUUUAAGGGUCCGUUUUAACCCGGUAACCUGCUCAUUUUAAGCAGGGUUUAGAAAAGACAUAAGACUGCAGCAGCUCAAUCGCAGCACAAACAGAUUGCUCUUUUGUCUAUUUGUUUUCUCUUUUCAUAUUGAACUGCUCUAAUCUCACCAUUUAGUGAGGAGAAUAAAAGCACGAAGAUCCACAAAUCCAGUUAUCCUCAGGUUAUCCACCGAAUCCCAGCAGCAUUCCAGUCAGGUCUGUCUGCAGAUCACAGACCACAGAAAGUGUAUGUUUAAGCGUAUUUAUGGAAAUUUGGACGUUAGUGAGUGGGCCAUAGAUGUGAAGGUGGGCGUGUCUUUGACUCAAUAUAUAGAAAAGCCUUCAAAAAUCCAUUUUUCUUGGUCCACUAGAUAACAGGACCUAACCUGACAGUAUUUUCUGAGAGGAUUUUUACACCAUAUUCAUAAACAUUUCCCAUUUAUCUGAGGGAAUCGAUAAUUUUUACUAAUUUUUUUAAAUUCUGUGUGUCACUCAAGCAUUUAAAUAGUGUUCAUGCUUGGGUUCAUAUGGGUUUAAUGACAUGCCCACUGGUCUGCAGACAGAUCUUCCUCCAUGAGCAGGAAUGUGUGGGAGGUGAAAUGAGCAGUAGAUUGGAAGAGAGGAAGGUGGUGAGGAUGCACUUAGUAUUUUCCAUGUGUUAUUCACAUUCAGGUGCCCAAGUAAAGCAAUUUGACUUGCAUUUGAAUGAUUGUGAGAGGACAAGUCCAAUGACAUGCCAAAAUGAGCAUCUUUCUACUGUUUCAUUUCAAACCUUGAGUCUCCCAAGUCUGAGCUCGUUGGCCGUGCAUCUUUCUUCCCUUUUUUAAACUCUAUUAAACAUUUCCUUAGCUGGUAAAGUAUGUUCUUCCUCGGCAGACGGGUAAAGUGAAACUGGCUUCUUUUGGGUGUUCUGAAUUUUGUAAUACUCAAGUCUGUUAACUCUCCAGAUUCCACAGCAUCAUUAACCGACUGAAGACACGACGGAGUGCUCUGGUGAUAUUUUGCACCACAAGAAUCAUUCCAAUAAAGUUUUACUUGUGUAAAUACCACAA